UUCAAGAUGGAGCUGUUGCUUCUGCUGGUGACACUGACAUCAUGUGCAGCAAUUCCUCAAAAUCUGGUGAAUAAAAUGUUCACAUUCCCACAAGAAAGCGCCACAGCUCAUGUGAGACUCACUACAUCAAGACAAGAUCUGAGAGCUGUAACUGUCUGUCUUAGGACCUUCUCAGACAUCAAAAGGGACCAGGCGUUCUUCUCUUUGGCAACACCCUCUAAAACCAAUGACUUUCUUAUAUUCAAGCUAGGUGUAGCUGAUAAGUUUAACCUGCAUGUUAGAGACAAAUAUGCAGCUGUUGAAGGGCAUGACUGGAAACUGAACACUUGGCACUCAGUCUGUGUCACAUGGGACGCUGCAUCUGGACUGGUUCAACUGUGGCUAGAUGGAAAACCUUCAAGCAGGAAAUUUGUCAGCUCUGGAUCUAAUAUAAAUGGACCCUUUAUAAUUGUUUUGGGACAGGAUCAAGAUACCUUUGGUGGUGGUUUUGAUACAAAACAGUCAUUUGUUGGCAUGAUGACUGACGUCCACAUGUGGGACUACACCCUUUCCCCCUGUGAGAUCCAGCGCCACGCGGAUGGUCUAAUUUUCAACUCAGGGAAUGUGCUCAAGUGGGAGUCACUGGAAUUUCAGGCCAAUGGAAAAGUGCUUAUUGAAGAAAAACAAAACAGGUGUUGUUGCAAUGCAAACACAAAUUUUGUAUAA